UGUAACAUUCAAAAUCUUGAGAAGACGAACACGAUUGGAAAAGAUCAUAGAGAUAUAUCCAUAACACCUAUACUGAGAUAGAAAAUAUCUUAUUUAAUAUAGUAAAAUAUAUAUAUAUAUGAAAACAAAUAAAUAACCACAUUGGGAUUCUAAUCACUAAAUAAUUUUCAAUUGGUUUUGUACCAAAAAAAAAAAUAAAAUAAAAUCAUAUUUGCAAGGAAUCUGUCAUAUCCAAAAACCUGUAUUUUAUUUUUUUUCUCCAUAGAACCAAAUCAAAAAGUUACCCCUAAAAUUCUCGAUUUACUCCAUUUCUUAAUAAAAUUAUUUUUUAUUGGUAAAAUUGAAUCGAUUUUAACCGAUUAUCAGAUAUAAUCACCCGAUUAUUAGAUAUUAGCUCGACAUCCUUGUUGCUAGUUAGGUUUUGACAGUUGGUGAAUAGACGACGGCUGUGUUGUGUGGUAAUUUAUAGAAAUGUGGGACAAACUAGUUUUUUGGGGCGGUUUUGAUAUUUAGAUUGUCUACUGUAGUGUUUCAAUUGAAGGCAUUCUAAGUGUAAAGUGAAUUACGAGGAGACUACAUUGUCUGUGUAAGUACUCCUAGAAGUCUCAAAAUGUUGCGCUUCCUUAGCAGAAGGGGGCGCUCCUCUAGCCAAAACCGCAACAAACAGGGGACCAAGGCAUCAGUCAAUAAGAAUUUUAUCCAAUGCAAGGUAAUGUUACUUGAUGAAACUGAUUUAUCAAUUAAUUUGUCUAAGAAAGCAAGUGCAGCUGACCUAUAUGAACAAGUGUUUUAUUCACUGGAUUUAAUAGAGAAAGAUUAUUUUGGUCUUCAAUUUACUGACACUAACAAUGUAAAGCAUUGGCUUGAUCCUACAAAAACUAUAAAAAAGCAGGUAAAAAUUGGUCCUCCUUAUACGUUGAGGUUGAAAGUAAAAUUUUAUUCAUCAGAACCGAAUAAUCUACGAGAAGAGUUAACGCGAUACCAGUUUUUUUUGCAAUUGAAGAAAGAUAUUUUAGAAAGCAAACUCGAAUGCCCACAUUCAACAGCUGUAGAAUUGGCAGCUCUGGCACUUCAAUCGGAAUUAGGAGACUUUGAUGAACUUAUUCAUACACCAGCCACUGUAUCUGAAUUUCGAUUUGUGCCUAAUCAAACAGAGGAAAUGGAAAUUGAGAUUCUAGAGGAAUAUAAGAAAUGCAAAGGCUUAACACCAGCUCAGGCUGAAGUAAAUUAUCUGAAUAAGGCUAAAUGGCUUGAAAUGUAUGGUGUUGAUAUGCACAUAGUCUUGGGCAAAGAUGGGUGUGAAUAUCAUCUUGGAUUAACACCUACAGGAAUUUUAGUAUUUGAAGGACCACAAAAAAUAGGACUCUUUUUCUGGCCCAAAAUUAGUAAACUAGAUUUUAAAAAGAAGAAGUUGACAUUAGUUGUAGUUGAAGAUGAUGACCAAGGACGGGAACAAGAACAUACAUUUGUAUUUCGACUACACAAUGAAAAAGCCUGUAAGCACUUGUGGAAAUGCGCUGUUGAACAUCAUACAUUCUUCCGUUUAAGAGCUCCAGUCAAAGGUCCAUCGGCCAGACAAAACUUUUUCCGAAUGGGUUCGAGGUUUCAAUACUCAGGCAAAACAGAGUAUCAAACUACACAACAAAACCGAGCCCGUCGUACUGUUCAAUUUGAAAGACGACCUAGUCAACGAUUUGCUCGUCGACAAAGUCAUGUGUUGAGAGAACGUGAAAAACAAAAUAGUGCUUCAAAACCUGACACUGUAGCUUCCACUGAAGCAACUUUGGAAACACCAACUACAUCGGCCGAUGCUGCAUUGCUUGUACCAGAAGUUGAAACCUUAUCUAGGAAAAGCAGUGCUAAAUCACAAAAAUCGAUUGUCGUCGAAAAUGACACUAAAACGAACGAAAUUAAUAAGUCUACAAAGAAUCUUCUUCUCGAUGAUACAGUUGAAGAUGUACAUACAUCUAAGGAGGACGCCGUAAGCAACAAAGUGCUUUUCAAAGUCGAGAAGCCUGUAAUUGAAGAGAAAAGAAACAAUUUAACUCAACUUGUUAUUAAUAAACCGCCUUGUAAUUGUUCGCCUGUCACAGAUUCGAAUCCGUUAAAUGAUCUUCUCAUGAGUCUAGUAAAAGAAAAGUUAAAUAACGAUGACUCUAAAAAUGAAGUAAAGAAAGAUCAAUUAGAUUCCGUAAAUGACAAAGAAUUGCCUAACAACCAAACCAAAUACUUUGUAUCCACAAAGGCAUUUCCUCCUGGUCAAUUGAAAUGCAAUAAUAUUUUGAAAGCUCGCGAGAGUGAAGUAAAGAUAGUAAAUGAAUCUCCGAAUAUUAAUGUGUCCUUACCAUCUACACCUUCGCCGAAAAUAUUAAAUGAGCCGCAGUUAGCGGGUGCAUCUAACUCUCAGUAUGUGUCCAUAGUUGUUGUCGAACCACCUCACUCUCAAGCAAAGUUAGCUUCUCCAAAACCUGUGGAACGCAAGGAGGAAGUGGUUCCGAAGACUCAACCCAUAUCGUCUCUGUCGCCGUGGCUGGUUACAUCAGAACCAAGUUCUCCUUCAGGUAUUGGUGAAAAGGAUAUAACCAUCAUCCAUCGAAAGUCAGUUAUAACCACUCAACUUUGAGAUAUAUUUUAUACUUUUAAAAUACUUUUAUGUAAUUCGUUAGCGAUUUUUCUUUAUUUUAUAUGACUUAUUUUCAAUAACAUUAGCGUAACAUAAUAUCACAUAUUUUUUAGAGAGAUUGCUUUGGUAUCUAGAGAGAUUACGUAUUAGGUACCUUAAAAAUUUGCGUGAUGCGGUAGUCUUAUUAUACCGACCAUGGUUGGCUGAAUAAUACUUUCAAACAAGUGCCUUAAUAAGGAGUUUUUUUAAAUAUAAAAUCAAAAAUUUAUGAUGCAACUAUUAUUUGAUAAAUCAAUUUUCCUUUGAGGGUGCUCUGAAAUUAUUACUUGUAAUUUCAGUUCUACUUUUUCGUCCACAUUUAUAUAAUAAUUAUUUUAAAUUAUUUUGCUCUCUGCUUAUUUUUAAUCAUUUCGCUUAUAAGUUUCGAAAGAAACCAUAAGUGAGAUGUUUAUUUUAUAUAAAUAUUUAUUAUUGGAAAUUACUUGUAAUAUAUAUGUUAUAAUAAACUUACUAGUAUAGGUACAAAUAAUGCAAUAACGUAAUGUAUAUUGCCCUUAUUUCAAUAAUGAUUUAUUUUUUAUUAUAAAUGUACUUAAAUUGGGGAUUGGAUAGCAUUUGGUUAACAAGUCAUACACUAUUUUGUCGAAUAUAUUUUUUUAUCUCACUAAUGACGUCACAUCCGAGCUCCCGCAACGCUGUUUGUCGUUUUUUAAACGUUACAUUUAGAGUCAUCUUCAUCACCAGCUAAUUAAUAUCCCCACUGCUGGGGCUUAGGCCUUCCUUAUGGAUGGAAUCGAAUUUAAUAGGGAUAGAAAUAGUUCGUCCAUAUCGAUUAAUAUAAAAUAGUUUUUCUAAAGUUGUCCGAUCCUCAGUUGUAUCUUGAUAUAUUAAAAGUUUUAAUUAUGAAUGUUAUUCCGUCCUAUAUUCUAAUAUAUACAUUCCGUACAUGGGCGUACCCAGGUAUUCAAAAUCGAGCAGAGAAGCUGUUCUCCUUUGUACCCUCUCGGUACGCCCAUAAUUCUGUAACAUGCACCUUUAAAAACAAAGGUUUUUUAAACAUGCAUGUUAUAGAUAUGACAUCUAAAAUCGUCUCAAUCAAUGACGGCUUUGUUUACAUAAUUUUAGUUGAUAUUAUUAUAUAUUUAACUGCUGUACAACAAGUCGAAUAUAAACCUAAUAUUUUUAAACUGGUAAUUGAUUAGUCUGUCGCCAUUGUGAUGAUUAUUAAAUACGAUGUUAUUAAAGUAAAUAGGUAAUUUUAUUACCUACUUAUGUUUUAAUGGGGUCAAAUUAUGUACUUAAAUGGAUGAUUUUUGUCAUCAUAAUCGAAUAUAUAAUACAAAAUCAUAGAUAUGUCGUUUUAGUGACAAGAAUGUUAUAGUAAGAAGAAUUAUUAAAUUUAUAAUUUAAUGUCAAUGACUCCAUAAUAAUUAGGAAUGGCAUAGAAUUGUAAUUGACCUAAUAAAUCGCACUCUUACUUAAAAAAACCGGUGUCAUUUCAGGAAUUGACAAAAUAGUUUGUACAAUAU